AUGUCCGUUCUUACCGCCAUGACUCCAGCUUCUACCAAGUUUGUGCCUUUCAAGGCACCUUCCCAGAUGCCCAAGGCAAAGGCCACCUCGGCCAUUGCUACGCCACAAGCUACAGGAUCCAAGUGGGUCCCUCUUAACCCAGACCCCUUUGCGCCGCCCAAGAAGAGUGUGUUCAAAAAGGCCGUUUCUCUGGUGAAUAGCGCAAUGCCAGUUGUGCUAGACAAGCUCCACGCAGCCUCGAGAAACGCUCUUUUUGUAACCAGGGCAAUUUUUGGCGACUUUGUUCCUGAGGUGAUUGAAAACGAUCACUACGCCUCGUCGUCCUCGAGUUCCUUCCGUUCGAGGUUCCUGGACAAACUCCCUAGCGAAAUCGAGUUCACCCACUCGUUUACCGCUUUCAAGGUGGACAGAAACGGAAAGGGCGUGAAUUUGCACAAUUCUCUACAAUUGGCCAUUCCUCGUCUUUUCAAGCGCCGUCCAGCCCAGCGAAUCGCUCGGUUUCUCAAUACUCUUGAAAACCAAACGGUGAGCCACGAUGCCACCAAGAUUACCUUCAAGCCAACGGUCAGAUUGACCACCUACCUUACUGAGGAUCCAGCAAAUUUUGUUCCUCGAGUGUGCUCCCCAGAUGCCUCUGGUUCUGCUGUCAGAAAGCCCAAGACUUUUCCCAUUCAGACGCAGCAGCCAUGGCAAAAGGUGAAUUUCGAAUUUUACGAGAAACUCGCCUCUAAGACCUUCGACGCCAUCGAAGGCGAUACCCUGUCUUCUGCCGAAGAGUUGGCCCACCGACUCAAGACCCUUUACCGUGUGCUUCAGUCCCAGAUGGUGCACCAGGUCAGAGCCAACUUUGUGUCUGGAGGACAGAAGAUGCUGUCUUUUAACAGCCGUAUUUCCAGAAUUUCGGGCCAUCUUCGUGCCCUUUUCAUGGAGCUGGACCUCAUCAACGAGGACUACAAGGAGGGUGUUUGCAACCACCUGAUCCAAUCCAGACUCACUGAUGUGUUGGACAAGCUUCGCCGGGCCAAGUCCGAGGUGGAGUUUUUCAAGAAGGACCUCGAUGCCGCUUUAAGUGAGGCCCUACUGGUCCAGAUGCUCACGGAAGCCAGAGAAUGUGUGAGAAUCAGCACCAUGGUGACUCUUCGUCACUUUGACCUCACCGAAAAUGUCAAGGACAGUGACGGCAUUUUCUUCGCUGAUUGCGGGCAACACUCUUACAGAAGAGCGCUAGCUGACAUUGAGCGAAUUUUGCCUGUUGUCACUGACGUUUUUCUGACUGACCAUUUGCAUGUCACUAUGAGGGCCACCUCCAGGGUGUUUCUGGUUGUGGACUCGUUGAUCUACGAUGCCGAGCGGUUGCGGAGUUUUCUCUAG